AUGACCUCUGCGCAAAUUAAACCAACAGUUAUCGAGGCAGUUACGGAAUUCAGUGAUAAUUUCAAGGAUUUCGGUUCAAGCAUGCCCUGUGCAAUUGGCAUUGAUGAAGCUGGACGUGGACCAGUUCUUGGGCCGAUGGUCUACACAUGCGCUGUUACACUGGUAAAUAAUGAAAAUAUGUUGACCAAGAUAGGGGUUGACGAUUCAAAAGUUCUAACAGAGGCAAAACGUGAAGAAAUUUUUGAAAGAAUGAAGGGAAGCAAUAUGUCGGAGAUAUUUGGAUAUGCAUGUCGUUCGGUAUCGGCGCAAAUGAUUAGCGCUGCAAUGUUAGGUCGAACAAAAUAUUCACUAAAUAAAUUGUCACAUGAUUGUGCGAUAGAAUUGCUGAAAUUAGCAGUCGACAAUAAUAUAAAUGUUGUGGAUGUUUAUGUUGACACAGUUGGACCGAAAGAUCCAUACCAGGCUAUGUUGCACAAGAAAUUCCCAGACAUGCAAAUUAUUGUAUCGGAAAAAGCGGAUGCUAAAUUUCCAAUUGUCAGUGCUGCUUCAGUUAUUGCAAAAGUUAAGCGUGACAGAGCUUUACGAAACUGGACGUUUCCGGAGGGUAUUGUCAACGUGCCGCCAGGAGGAUAUGGAAGUGGUUAUCCUGGAGAUCCAAAUACAAAGAAUUUUUUGUUGAAUGCAGUUGAUCAAGUGUUUGGAUACCCAAAUUUGGUGCGAUUCAGUUGGAAGACAGCCGAAGUUUUGUUACAAAGAAAGGCAGUGAUGUGUAAAUGGAGAAAUGCAGAAAAUGCACCCGGCAGCACUAUAACAUCGUUCUUUAAACCAUAUUCUAGUGGAAAGAAAUAUUCAAUGAAAAGUCGAUUUUUCGCCGAUCGUUAUCUUUCAAAUAUAUCAAAAUGUUCAGAUUUUUAG